AUGCCUGUCAAUCAAGGAGACGAAGGAGCCGCUGGCUCUGCUCCUCCCCCUCUUCCUCCACCUCCCUCGCCCGCAGAUCCAACCUCGAAAGUCCCCGGUUGUCGUGAAGCUGAGGUCUGCUCCCCCUGGCCUGAAAGGGCACCGCCUUAUGGAGAUCCAUUUGCUGCGCCCACCGGUCCUUACUUCUUCUACGGCACUCUAUCUGAUCCCGCCAUGCUCCGCGAUGUCCUUGGCUUGAACACCGAGUCAAAGCAUCGACCUGCCACCAUUACAGGCUACGAAUGCAAGCUAUGGGGCCAGUAUCCAGCUCUCCUAGACGCCCCAGGAAAGGUUGUUCAUGGGGCUGUCUAUCAUGACGAGACAGAAGAGCAUGGGGCAAGGCUGGCCAGAUAUGAAACGAACAACUAUGGGGCCGAUCCGUGUCUCGUUAAAUAUACCGACAAGAAUGAGCCUGUUGAUGACUUUGGUUUUCAAAUUUGUCGGCAAUAUCAGAGACUUGAGUGA